UGUCCCUUACACCAAUAAGCCCCUAAUGGAACUACCGACAAGCGUGGUGGAAAACAAUAAACAAUAUAACAAACACAAUCAAACAUUGACGACAAUCAAUGGCGAACUCACACAAAAUUCCAACACAACAAGAAGCAUUGACGAAAACGGAAAAAAUGAUGAAGAUAACACACAAACCUCCAGCACAAACAGUGACAUUGACGCCGUCCUUUCCAACUUAAAAUUUGGAAAAUUUAAUUUGAAGAUGCUGGCUGUUACUGGCGGAGCAUAUUUUGCAAUUUGUUCAGAAAUGAUGGUUAUCAUAUUUUUAAGCAAACCAAUCAAAGAUUUAUGGAAAGUGGACCAUUUCACAUACGCAUGGCUGCCGGUUGCAACAAGGAUAGGGAGUAUUAUUGGGUGUUUCACAUUUGGAACAAUAAGUGAUCAUUUUGGCAGGCGAAUCCCAUUUUUAGUAGCUAUAUUUAUUACAGCGGUAUUUGGUGUUGUAUCAGCAUUCGCAUCCAGUUUUUUAUUCCUAGUCAUACUACGUGCAUUUGUAUCUAUUGGAACUGGAGGCAUUGAAGCGACGAAUUUUGUUUUGAUGUUAGAAUUCCUGCCCAGAAGGAACAGGGGAGCAGUCAUGGUAGCUAUAACAUUCUGUGGUGCAUUAGGUGCUAUCUUAACAGGGGGACUAGCUUGGUGGCUUCUACCAAAAUAUGGAUGGCAGACAUUGCUUGGAGCUUGUGCGGCCCCAUCAGUAGCAGUAUGUGGAAUAGCUUUACUGUUGGGAGAGGAGUCACCAAGAUAUUUAUUUAUUAGUGGUCAGAGAGCUAAAGGAACAAAACUGCUGAAGAAAAUUGCUUUGCAGAAUGGAGCAGAAAUUGAAAAUGUGACCAUCACAGUACCAUCAACUUCAGACAGAGGCAGGAUACAGGAUUUAUUUAAACCUGAACAUCUAUCAAGCACUACUUUUAUCAUUCUGAUCUGGUUCCUUCAAGCGACUGGUUACUGGGGUGUGACAGUCUAUUUACCUGAGUACAUUACAUCGUUAGGAGUAGAUGGAUAUUUCAACAUGUUCAUGGUAUUUAUUGGAGAAUUACCUGGAUUGUGUUUAGCGAUGAUAUUCGUAGAGAAACAUAUGUUAGGCAGGAUUAAGUCUUUACGUGUAUUUUCAUUAGGAACUUGUUUAUCAUUGAUAGUUUUUGCUGUUGUAGAUUUAGAUUUUUUAAAAGCUGCCGUAGUGAUUGUUUGCUACUUUUUUAUGGUGCCGAUUUAUUCCCUUUUAAAUACAUAUACACCAGAAAUAUACCCUACGAACAUGAGAGGAGUUGCUAUGGCAACUGUCAAUGCCAUCAUAGAGGUACCUGGUUUGAUCACCCCUUUUGUGGGGGCCACGUUAUUGUCUCAUCCAAGUAAGUGGCUGUACCCUGUGGUCUGGUCUGUUGUAUUUUUUGUCCAGUUUUGUCUUAUGUUUGGUUUACGGCAUGAGACAGCUGGUGACAGCCUGCGAGAUAGUGACUCACAAAGGAAGAAGGAUGGUGAAUCUCCAGUAAGCAGUAAAGAUGAGUCUCUUAUAACAGCUCUUUAGACCAGAACAAAUAUAUUUUUGAUAUUGAAUAACAGCUUCAGUUUAUUUUGGCAUUUCCAACAUUAGGUCCACUCAUGUCAUCAAAUUUAUUCAUCACAUUUUGUAUAAAUAAUACAAAA